AUGGAGGAAGGGGGAAUGGAGCGAGUGGAGACGGCCUCGGAGAAGGGACAGGGCCGCAGGGCAGUUGGUGGGGCAGAAUGCUUCUCUUGUCCCCAGUUAUUGAAGAACUAUCACAAGUGGAGAGCUGAGUGCCCAGAAUUAAGUGCAAAUUUACAGCCUUCCUCUAUUCUCAAUCUCCUGCAUGCUGGUUACCAUGGAGUCCUGAGAUCAAGGGACCCAGGUGGCAGCAAAGUUCUUAUUUAUAGAAUUGGACAAUGGGAUCCAAAGAUGUUUACAGCAUAUGAUGUGUUUCGUGUAAGUCUUAUCACAUCAGAGCUUAUUGUAAAAGAGAGAGACACACAACGGAAUGGAGUCAAGGCUAUUUUUGAUCUUCAAGGGUGGCGAUUUGCUCAUGCAUUUCAAAUCAGUCCAACAGUGGCCAAGAGGAUUGCUGCCGUGCUCACAGAUUCCUUUCCACUAAAAGUUCGUGGCAUCCACUUGAUUAAUGAGCCUUUAUUCUUCCACCCGGUCUUCGCUCUAAUUAAGCCCUUUCUCACUGACAAAAUAAAGGAACGGGUGUAUAUGCAUGGGAGUAAUUACAUACAGAGUCUGACGCAACACUUCCCAGCCAGCAUUCUCCCACAGGAAUAUGGUGGGGAGGAUGUCUCCAUUGAAGACCUUUCCCAAGAGUGGACUAACUUCAUAAUGGAAUCUGCAGAUUACCUUCAGAGUAUUUCUCUGGUUUUCCAGUGAAGCAACCACAUUAAAAAGUAACAUCUCAGUAUUGAGGCAAUUCAUUAAAACAGAGAGCUGCGGUUAAUUCCUGGUAUUAUGACUGCAAGCAGAAUGAACUUCAAUCUGAAAUUUUUCAUUUAGUUUUGACAUUACUUUAAAUGGACCAGUGUAAAACUUCUGGUAGAUCAUUGUUGAGGGAAGAAAUGCCCCAUUUGCUGCAUUUUUUAUAUUUGCUUGAAGAGGAGAUCAAGUAGUAGUUGCAUCUCAGAACUAAAGGAGAGAUUCAUGAGUUUGAUAUUUAGGGGGAUAAUAUGCAAUACUGUUUGUAACAGAUUAUAUAUGUGCCCAAAGGCUGGAUAGUACUGCAUGUAUGAUACUGCAGAGAACAAUAUUCCACUAGAUAUGUUCUCAUGGAGCUCCAAUCUGUGAGGACUCAAUACAAACUAUAUGCUCAGCUCUUGCAUUGUAGCUGCUCAAGUUGAUGUGCUGACAUAAAGAGCCAAAUGAUUUCGAGAGCUGCAGGGCAAGUCUGAUGUGGAGUUACAGUCGUUUGGCUUGGAAGCAUGUUUGUACAAAGUAGUGAUUUUCUUAGGCUUAAUGUUAGCAGGGAAUGGGGCUGGUCUUUGGAUUGAUUCUCAGGGAAAUGGAUUUCCAGUCAAUUCGCGAAGCUGAGCUUGCACUUUGGAUGAAAACUGGUCAGCAAUGGUGGAACAUUGCUGUGCCAGAUGCUGCUAUGAGCAGCACAUAUCCAUGCGGGCAUUUAAGAUCCUAAGCUGCUAACAUUGUAAAGGGACAUUCAACUUGGAAACUAUUAACAGAUAAUGUGAAUCACAAAGAGGAGAGGGGUAAAUGGAUUAACUUAACUUUGAAAAAUUAUUUUUCUUCCCCUGGCAACAGAUGUUCUGUUUGGAUAAAUUACAAGGCAGCUCCUGUGAGGUGCCAAACACCCUUAUCUCCUACUGAAGUCCUGUAGAAGUAAAGGGUGCUUAGCAACGCCCAGGGCUGGGCUCUUUGUUUGAGGGGAAGAAAGUAGGUCUUGCUUCAUGGACUUGACCACAGAAAUAAACUUGUCAUGUGGUUUCAGUAUUCUCACUGAAUACUGCUGCUGUGAGAUGCCAAGCACCUUCCUUUUUAUUCCAAGAGGUGCUAAAGGUAUUUAACAUCUCCUUUGCCUGGGCAUUUUGCUAGGCACUGGCAGAAAUUUUUUGACUUAAAAAUAUUUGAUGUUGACCCCGAUUCCUCUUUAGCCAUUACAGGCAAUUGAAAACUUUCCUGAUGUCUUUACUAAAAGGAGUUCUUAAAGGGACACAACCAGAUACAAAUUAUAUCUUUUAACAAAAUGAUAUAUUGUUCUUACCUGUGUUAUACAGCAAUAACAUAAAUUAUUUAAACUGAAAGGAUUUAAACAAUGAAUGUACUUUGAUUUUGUUUGUUUUUUAGCAGACUAACUUCCUAGCUCUUAUUUCUUAUGGUUUUUGACAAGGCAGGAAUUGUUUGACAUUAAACAUUGUAUUAAACAGCUCUUAAUAAUUCCUGAUGGACCCUAAUGUUAAAGCAUUUAUAAGAACAAUGUCUUUUGU